AUGACGGCUCCGAGUAAGAGCUUCCGCGACGUGAAGAGCGUUAUAAAGCUGAACGCCUACCUGAACAAGAAGGUGUACGUAAAAUUCAGCGGCGGACGCGAAGUUCAGGGGGUGUUGAAGGGUCAUGACGCGAUGUCGAAUCUCGUUUUGGACGACACGGAAGAAUUUUUGCGCGAUCCCGAAGACCCUGACAGAGUGACCGAUAAAACCCGUCAAUUGGGUCUUUUGGUUGCCCGCGGCACGUCGGUAACAGUUAUUCAUCCGGUGGAAGGAACGGAGAAGAUUGCGAACCCAUUUGCUGGUCGUAUGUCUUAG